UUUCGACCCGACGCAACCGCGUCACCGCCGCCAUUAUAGAUCCCGUUGUGAGUGACUGAGUUGUUCCCCUGCACUUUGCGACGCAAAUUUUCACUGGUAAAAGCGAAAUUGCAGGCGUCAAAAUCGUUAAAAAACAAUCACAUAAGUGAAUACAUCUCAAUUACUGAGAUGAAGACGUACAGCAGAAAGAAGGGUGAUAGUCCAAACAACGUUAUUAUUCACGUCAAUGAAUUAUGCCGACUGUGCUUGGCCAAGGAGGAAGAGAUGGUGCCGAUUUAUGAUGACGAGGCCGUGCCACUGCCACUCAGGAUUAUGGCUUGUGUUAAUCUGGAGGUUUAUGAAGAGGACGGCCUGCCAAACAUGAUCUGCCACCCAUGCAAGUACCAACUCGACAAAUCCUACCAGUUCAAGAAGAAAUGCGAGGCUGCUGACGCUAAACUACGAAAGCACAUGAAGUUGAUCCAUCGACUGACUGGCCAGACCGAGGAAGAAGAGGUCAGCCAGGACGAUGGAAACGAAUCUGGUGAUGAGCCAUCUGGCAGUGGUAAAUCUCGUAAAGUAAAACAACUGCUCGCUGAACUUGUUGCUGUCAAAGGGGAUGGCAGCCAAGCCGAUGGUGAUCCCAUCGAGGUCACUGAGGAGGAGCUCGUUGGAGGAUACAUUCUUGGAAUGAGUGCUGAGAACAUGGACAACGAAGAGACCAUUUCGGAGGGUCCGUCCAACAUAACUCUGAUCCCAGCUGAAGAAAAAACGGCGAAAGCUCGUUGCACAAUGCGUGCGGCUCGUAUAAAACAAGAGCAAGAAUCAGAGGACGAUGGAGACGAGCUCCAAAAAGCAAUAUCGACAGUGGAGAGAAAGAAUGUCUACAUGAUGGAGUUGACGAGCCACAUGUCAAAUCAGUCUGAUAACAUCCAACUGCAGCCAAUGGGUGACUCACUAGUCGAAGCCAGCGAAGAAAUGAAGGUCUUCAAGUGUGAUCAGUGCCCCAAAGCCUUCACCCGCAGAAUAAUGCUGAAGAGCCAUCAGUCUGUGCACUCAACCCAGCGAGGCUUCACUUGUCAGGCCUGUGAGAAAUGGUUCCCAACGAGAUCAGCUCUGAUAAGACACGAGCGCACUCACACCGGUGAAAAACCCUUUGGCUGCAACAUAUGCCAUCGUGCAUUCGCCCAGAAGGAGAUCCUCCUGCGUCAUCUAAUGACUCACUCGGGACAGAAGCCCUAUCCUUGCCAGGAUUGCGACAAGAGUUUCACCCAGAGAGAGGCUCUCCGGGUCCAUAUGAGACGCCAUCAGAAGCUCGAUCCCAACGACAUUCAACUUCAUCACUGCCAGCUGUGCCCGAAAGCCUUCUGUCAUGCCUCUGGACUCAGCAGACACUUGGUCACUCACACUGGAAGAACUUACAAGUGUGUCGAGUGUGAAAAAUCCUUCACUGAUAAGAGCUCUUUGCUGAGACACAGUCGCAUUCACGCACCCAAGAAAAUGCCGAAUUAAGAGAUGGGUUUUGUUUGAUUAAUUUUCAUUCGGGAAUGUCUACAAAAUUUUUGCCCUUUUCCAAAUUUUUUUGAAAAAGAGGACUUAUUCGAUAGGAAAAUUUGAUGAAAAAUAUUCGAUACGUAUAUUUUUACUCUGAAGCAGUGACAAUUUUUGUGACAUGAAAAGAGUAUCCAAUAUUUUUCAUCUAAUCAACUAUUUCGAAACACUGAUAGAAAGUUUUUUGAAAAGUGCAUAGUUUCGUCUGAAGAAACAUUGGACAAUUUUUUUCAAGAAAUUUUGCAAUUGUUCCUGGACCUGAAUUAACUAGUUUGCAUUUCCAUAUUUUGGGUUUCAAGCAAAAAAUUAUUGAAUAGAUUCAAAUAGAUCCAACUAGAAUUGAUUUGAGAAUCGCAUUCUUAUUUUGAAUAAAUUUUCGCCAUGAAUUUCAUCAUUCAGAAAAACAAGGAUUUUGUAAAGAUAAAAUUCGGUUAGGGUAAUCUCCCAGUUGUACUCAGAUAUUUCCCAAUGAUAUUCAAAUUAAUCACUGUGAAUUGCACCCGACGAAGCCCUUAUGUCAUGCCUUUACACUCAGCAGACAUUGGAUCACUCGGGCGGAAAGGGGUUUCAAACGUAUCAAGGGUGCAAAAGGCAUCAUUCAGUGAUAAAGAGUUCUUCGCCGAAGCAGUCGAAGUUCCCAGAAAUUGUAAAUUCAGCAGGAAAGCCUAUUUUUUUCUCCUUUUUAAGGGUGCCUGAGGGGAAUUUUCGUACAUUUUUUUAAUUAUUAAUUUUUAAGAUACGUUUCGCAUAAUUUUUAAUUCAACAGGGAAUAAAUAUUAUGCGAAGCAUCAAUCACAAUUCACCACUAUUAUUUUUUGUGACAUAGAAUAUUAUAGACCACUCGGGCAUAAAAUUCAGUCUUCAAACACGAAAUUUAUGCCCUUGUACUCUAAUGUAGUAAUUGUCAAUCUCAAUCAAUUUCUCGUGUUUAGAAAUAAAAUUGAAAACCCACUCAGAUACCCCCAAUGUACUAAUCACUACUCUAAAUAACGCAGAUCCUAUGAUACUAAAAGUAAACUUUUCAACGGAAAUUGGACUUUUAUUUCAAAAUAAUUAUUUGCGACUGAUGAAAACUAUUGAAUUGAAUUUAAAUUUUCACUUUCUCAUUCUUGAUGAUUAAUAUACCGUGAGGAUAAGUUUACUGUAUAUAUUCAAGUUUUAAAAAAAUUAUAGAUUUUUUAUGUAGCACAGUUCACUUAAGGGGCCGGAGAGGGGAAGCGGAAAUUGAGAA